CCCGUCCGAGCAGAGAAGAGUCAUAGCCUGCGAUUCUGUGACUAGACCGCCCGCCUUCUUAAACUCCACCCGCCUUUCCUUCUCUUGGGCCUAUGACUCUUCCCUGCUUCUCUCCAAACUCCCUCCUUCCCUGCCAUAUAAAUCAGAUCGUGACUCAAUCGCGGCCCAAGCUCUCUUUCUAUACUAUAUCAAUUUAGCUACUAUUACCCCACCAUCGUCUUCCUUCAACAACAUGUGCCCCGGUGCUGAGAACGAGCCCAAUGGGCAGGCCAACGGCGCCAAUGGCAAUGUCAACGGUGAACACCCCGGCUUCACUGCCGUCGAGACUCGCCAGAACCCCCACCCUUCCGUCUCCCGUAACCCCUACGGCCACAACGUCGGUGUUACCGACUUCCUGAGCAAUGUCUCGCGCUUCAAGAUUAUCGAGAGUACCCUGCGUGAGGGUGAGCAGUUCGCCAACGCUUUCUUUGACACCGAGAAGAAGAUCGAAAUCGCCAAGGCUCUGGACGACUUCGGUGUGGACUACAUCGAGCUUACCAGCCCUUGCGCCUCCGAGCAGUCGAGAAAGGACUGCGAGGCCAUCUGCAAGCUUGGCCUGAAGGCUAAGAUCCUUACCCACAUCCGCUGCCACAUGGACGAUGCUAGGAUUGCCGUUGAGACCGGUGUCGAUGGAGUUGACGUCGUCAUUGGAACGUCCUCCUACCUCCGUGAGCACUCCCACGGCAAGGACAUGACCUACAUCAAGAACACCGCCAUCGAAGUUAUCGAGUUCGUCAAGUCCAAGGGCAUUGAGAUCCGUUUCUCCAGCGAGGACUCUUUCCGUUCUGACCUCGUUGACCUCCUCUCCAUCUACUCUGCCGUCGACAAGGUCGGUGUCAACCGUGUCGGUAUCGCCGAUACCGUUGGUUGCGCUUCCCCCCGCCAGGUCUACGAGCUUGUUCGUGUCCUGAGGGGUGUCGUCAGCUGUGACAUCGAGACUCACUUCCACAACGACACUGGUUGUGCGAUUGCCAACGCUUACUGUGCCCUGGAGGCUGGUGCCACCCACAUUGACACCUCCGUCCUCGGUAUCGGUGAGCGUAACGGUAUCACCCCUCUGGGUGGUCUCAUGGCUCGUAUGAUGGUCGCCGACCGCGACUACGUCAAGAGCAAGUACAAGCUCGAGAAGCUCAAGGACAUUGAGGACCUCGUUGCCGAGGCUGUUGAGGUCAACAUCCCCUUCAACAACUACAUCACCGGUUUCUGCGCCUUCACCCACAAGGCUGGUAUCCACGCCAAGGCUAUCCUCAACAACCCCAGCACCUACGAGAUCAUCAACCCUGCCGACUUCGGCAUGAACAGAUACGUCCACUUCGCCUCCCGUCUGACCGGCUGGAACGCCAUCAAGUCGCGUGCCCAGCAGCUCAACAUCACGAUGACGGAUGACCAGUACAAGGAGUGCACUGCCAAGAUCAAGGCUCUGGCUGAUAUCCGUCCCAUUGCCGUUGAUGAUGCCGACAGUGUCAUCCGCGCCUACUACCGCAACAUCAAGCAUGGAGAGAACAAGCCCCUCCUUGACCUCACGGCCGAUGAGCAGGCUCAGUUCGCCGCCAAGGAGAAGGAGCUGGCCGCCCAGACUAUUGCCUAAGUGGUGUGCCACCCAUAAUACCGUCUUGGUUCCUUUCUUAUCUGCAUAUAUUCCGAUUGGAAUGCGCCGUCCAUAUCUUUCGAGAGCUUUGAUCAUACCUUUUUAGCGGCUCCCUUUGCGGAAGACGUUCUCCUUUGCUUUUUUUUCUUUUCAUUUUAUGAUUGGAUGUUAUGUGUCCCAGGAUGUUUUUUUUUUCGGUUUCUACGGGGGGUUUUAAAAAGUCUUCAUUGUCUGUGAUGAAAAGAAGGGGGGAGGUCGGUGUUAGAGAGCCCUUGGUCCUUUUGGUUGGACCCUGUACAUACGCAGUUCCGAUGCUCGUGCAUCAAAUUUCCUACAAAUACAGGACGAUACAAUUUAGAGUCACUUUGUUC